AUGUCCCCGCAGUCCCCGCGCUGCUCGCUGCAGGACCUGCGGGUGGAGAUGCUGGUGGAGAUCUUCGCCUCGCUCCCUGGCACCGACCUGCCCAGCCUGACCCAGGCCUGCACCAAAUUCCACUGCAUCCUGCACACCGACAGCAUCUGGAGACAGCGCUGCCGGGAGGAGUAUGGCGUUCGUGAAAACUUGCAGAACCUGGAGAUGAUAGGUAUGUCUUAUCGAGAAGUCUAUGCGAAGCUGCUCCACCCAUACAGAAACAUUUUGGGAUUGUGGCACAGAGACUGAGCACACUAUAGAACACUAGUGAAUGUAGUGGUGGACGGCUUAUGCAUUACUGGUUGGGUGUACGGGCCUUGCCUUAACACCCAUGUGGAUGGCCCAAUGCAAUUCAAUCCCUCGUUCAGAAUUUGUCUGACGGAGAGGAAAUCAGCCACGGUGGAGUGCAUGGAAGGCCGCAUCAGCGGGCCCCACAACCACCACAUGCAGAUUCAGAAGGAGGACAGACAGUAUGACUGCCUGACCUACCUCUGCCUCUACCUCCCGCUGAGCCACCCGGACGACCUCAUCAGGCCAGGCCUCUUCCAAGUCAAGUACGAUCCCUACGGCCUAAAUAUUGUCAUGCUCAGCUUCCAUGGGAAGUAUGCCAGGGUCACGAAGAUCACGGGAGACUCCCACAAGUUAGAGAUCCACCUCAAGCGCCGCAUCCAGCUGCCAGAUGUAGAGAUCUUCCGCAACUUCAACGAGCUCGCCCGCGUGGUCCAGGAGAUUGACGAGCAGGUGAUCCAGGAGCAGCAGCAGCAGCAGCAAGAGGACGGGACUGAGGAAGGCGAGGGCCAUGGCCAGCAGAGCCCUGCCCAGCCCAGCAUGGGGGAGUCCGGGGCUGCAGCUUCGGAGGAGCAGCCUCUCCCGUUUGUUCUGCCUGUGGGCGUGCACCGAAAAGACCAGAACUACCCCCGAACCUGCAGCAUGUGUUUCUAUGGCGUGGACACUGUUACUGGUACCAGACAUGGCUUCGCCUCCACCAGGCGCUGCCCUGGAGUCUUCAUCCUGAUCGAUGAGAACCACUUCGGGUUCACCUGGCUGGAGGUGAAAUACUUCAUCCUGUUCGGCAGAGUCCAGAACACCUUCCAGAAUGUGGAGGCACCAUCCCUGCAGGCCUUCCUGAAAAUGCUCGAGGACAUUCAAUCCGGACCCUCUGGGAGGAGCAGCUUGCAUGCACUUUGGAGAUUUGACCUUCUGACCAGGUUACCCACCUUUUUAUCUAGCACUGCCAGUGCCUUAGGAGACCUGGAGGAACCACACAGCUUCAUGUCUCCUGAUACGGAGAACCACGGAAAACUGGGGUCUUUUAUUUUCGUGUGUGUGAUACAAAAUUCUUGCGGAACAUUUCUGGAGGACUUAUUUGCAUUCUUUGGUGAAUUGUAUGAAAUUGCCCAGCGUGUGGACUUUUCUCCAACAGGCAAUACUUAA